AUGGAGGAGCUGGUGGAUGAAGGUUUGGUGAAAGCCAUUGGCAUCUCCAAUUUCAACCACUUUCAAAUCGAAAAGCUCUUGAAUAAGCCAGGGCUGAAAUAUAAACCAGUCACGAACCAGGUGGAGUGUCACCCAUACCUCACCCAGGAGAAACUGAUCCAGUACUGCAACUCGAAGGGCAUCACUAUCACUGCCUACAGCCCUCUGGGCUCCCCAGAUAGAUCAUGGGCCAAGCCAGAUGACCCUUCACUGCUAGAAGAUCCCAAGAUUAAAGAGAUUGCUCAGAGGCACAAAAAAACUAUAGCCCAGGUUCUGAUCAGGUUCCAUAUCCAGAGGAAUGUAGCAGUGAUCCCCAAGUCUGUGACCCCAGCACGUAUUGUUGAGAACUUUCAGGUCUUUGACUUCAAACUGAGUGAUGCGGAGAUGGCAACCAUCCUCAGCUUCAACAGAAACUGGAGGGCCUGCAUCGGGCCUCCGGACCUUGAAAAUAUGGAGGAGUACCCUUUCCUUGCGGAAUACUGA